AUGAAGCAAGAUAUGGAACAAUUCGAUGUCGCCGUGGUUGGACUUGGAGUCCUGGGAAGCGGUGCGGCCUACUACGCCGCUCAGAAGGGAGCAAAGGUGAUUGGAUUUGAGCAGUUCGAGCUUGGUCACGUCCGAGGAGCUUCCCACGACACUUCACGCAUUGUCCGAACUUCAAACUUUGCACCCGAAUAUGUGGCCCUCGCCAAAUCAGCCUACAAGGACUGGGCCGAGCUAGAAAAUGUGACCGGCUACAAGAUGUUAACGACAACCGGCGGGGUGGUCUUCUUUGCGCCCGAGUCACCUACACCGGCAAGCGACUUCACGAAAAGUCUUGAUGCGCAAAACGUCCCCUAUGAAACACUCGAUGCACAAGAAGUGAAGAAGCGAUGGCCUCAGUUCGACAUUGCCGAUAACGUCACGACUGUAUACACGGCCGACUCGGGGAUCGCUCAUGCCGCGAAGACCGUCAGCACUUUGCAGGCGUUGGCACGAACUCAUGGCGCUGUCUUGAAAGAUAAUACCCCCGUUCACCGUGUCACGCCUCAAAAGUCCGGUGGCGUCAUUAUCGAGACACCGAGAGGCCGAUUCCAAGCUAAGAAGGUGAUUCUCACCACCGAUGCAUGGAUCAACAAACUCCUUGCCCCUCUCUCGGUGCAUAUCCCAGUCUCGGUGAUGCAAGAACAAGUCACAUAUUAUAAGCCUACAAACCCCUCGGCGUUUGCAACAGACAAGCUCCCCGUGUGGAUCUGGCAGGGAGCUCAUUGUUUCUAUGGAUUCCCGACCUAUGGCGAGCCAACUAUCAAAGCUGGACGCGAUUACUCCAACAACUUCAUGAGUCCUGAGGAGCGGACAUUUGUUCAUUCGCCACAGCUGCUGGAACAGCUCACGUCCUUUAUGGAUGGCUUCAUGCCGGACAAGGAACGUACACCGCUUCGCACGAUCACUUGUCAGUACACGAUCACUCCCGACCGACAAUUUAUUAUAAGUCCGCUGGAUAGCGAGCCCGAUAUCAUUGUUGGAUUGGGUGCUGCGCAUGCGUUCAAAUUUGCGCCUGCCUUUGGUCGUGUUCUAGCGGAGCUAGCUGUUGAUGGCAAGACCAAUGAGGAUAUCUCGAAAUGGGGAAUUCCGAAGGCUGCAACACUCAACAGCAAGCUUUGA